CACAUGGAGGUGGUACAGGCUCACUGCUGCUACACAGACAUCAUCAUCAUCAUGUCCUUUGAUAGCUGCCCACUCCUGGACUGUCUGAAAGGGCUGGCAUCCCUUGGUGUGGAUCCAGUUCCCACAGGCUGGGUCAGUUAGAGCCUGAGACCCAUGCAAAAAAAAACGUUCAUUUUGAAUGGAGUGGCGUGAUCCCUGUAGUUGUAGUAUGCAUUAGCUCAGGCCCUCUGGUCCAGUGAGAGCCUCAAGCAAAGGAUCCAGGGGUGAAGCCAAGGCCAUGGGUUCCCUAUGAUGCAUGGAGAUACAGAGAGAUGUGAAGAAGUCUUUACCAUCAGAGAUGAUGAAAUGAAAGGCCCUUUGAAGUUUGCAUGUGGUGGUUACCCAGUGGAGGAAGAAACUGGGCAUUACCCCACCCUGCUGGGUCAGUAUGGAGUGCAAUGUAGCAGUGUAAGGUAGUAAUGUAGGCUACUAGGUGAUACAGUAACCACUGGUGUAAGAUGCCUGAGAAUACAAUUUGUUUCUGAGAAAACAUGAUUUCAUCCUGGCAUCAUGGUGUAACAUAAACUGUUUUUCACAACAGAUGGCUGCCAGAGAGAGAAUGCUCAUCCAGAUAGAUUGAGAACUGUUUAAGGCGCUUAGAAACGGUCAUGGGUAAAUGUUUUCUGACUAUAAAUACGCAGAGUGAUAGAAUUCACAUAACACAUUGAAUGGCAUGUUAUUUUGUGUUAUAAAAGUUAACCUACAUUCUGAGAAGAGACAAAUAUCUUCCACAAAACAAAAUUAUGAAUAUGAAAGCAAGCGGAUUACAAGAUGUCUAGAUGCACUUCUCCUUUAUAAAGUACAAAUAUUGGUUAUGAGCUCCUAUGAAAUCCCCAGUGAAUCAAUGCCCAAGGCUUAGCACAGUGUUUGGAAAUAAUCAGCAAGCUCCAGUUUACUAAUAUCAAAUCGAGGUGCAAUCCUUAACACUUUUGCAUCUCUGUUGUCUAACUAUCCUUAGGUGUCCAUCACUGGCUGUCCGUAUUGGAUGUGUAACAAUUAGCUAAGUGUUUGCUCUUUAGCCAAGAUGAAUAAUAGAUCUGGUGAAUGAUUGUUAAGACACAGAGCAACAGAGCAGGGUUGGUGAGAGACUAUACAGUACACAUAGGCUAAAGAGCAGUAAUUAACACACUCCAUUGAAUGUGGUCAACAUAUACACUGUACACAGUACAGUAAUGUUUGGCCAUAUUUGUUACUGGUCCAUAUGUGUUAUUGGUUAUUGGCUAUGUCGUCGAAACCAAAUCUAGUCACCACGAUCACACAAAGUCUGGCCAUGUGAGUCAGAAGUAGGAUAUUGUAUUUUGGAUAUUGUCCUGUAGUAUUGAGGAAUGAUGUACCAGGAGAACAGCCCAGGGUCAGGUUGACUGACUGACUGAGACAGACAGGGUUUGUUGUCUCUGUCUCUGUCUCAGGCUAUAAAGCAGCAUGCAUGCUCCACAUAGCACACCAUCAUGGGAAAACACAUAACGGGUGUCUUGUAGAAACGGUGAAGGCAUAAAGGUAGACCUUAGUUACAGCAAUCUAUCAAAAGCAAAGAUGUCAAAGGUACAGCUGAACUCCCCAUGUCCUCAAGAUGAAAGUUGUCAGUUAGAUAACGUCCUAACCUAGAUUUGGCCUCGAGAAAUGACAGCUGUCUAUCAGUUGACAUAAUGGUAAUGACAGGUGUCAAUCAUGUCAUGAUAUUGAUAGCAUUAUGACUUAUGUAUUACAGAUGAAGGAUCUUCAUUGAAUGACCCUAUUGCAGGAUAACUUUUCUGAAAUGCAGGACAUGUAAAACUUGUAGUAUAUUUGAGGUUUAAAAAGGCUUCUGAAGUUUGUAAUUUUCACUUUGAAAUAGACUUGAUUAUCCCUUACAAAAAAUGUAUCAACCCCUAUAAAAAUGUCAAUUAAUUAUAAUCCACAUAAUAAUUCACAUUUCAUGUUGCUGCAGGAUUAUUUUCCUGCUGUAGCAAACUGGCUCAAAUUAAAGGGAGACUUCGGGAUUUUGGCAAUGAGGCCCAUCAUCUACUUCCCCAGUCAGAUUAAUUUGCGGAUGCCAUUUUUAUGUCUCUGUGUCCAGUAUGAAGGAAGAUAGAGGUAGUUUUGAGAACCAAUGCUAACUAGCGUUAGUGCAAAGACUUCCAGUGUCUAUGGGUAUCUGCAGAUACCCAUAGACUUCCAGUCAUUGCGCUAACGCUGGUUAGCAAUUGUGCUAGUGCUAGUUAGCAACUGCACACGGAGACAUAAAAAUGUAUCCCUUUAAGAUCCUACACCUGUACUGUAUGUCACUGUCAUGUGAAGUAUUAUGGUGGUUACUUGUCUAUGGAUUUACAGUUGUGUCACAUUGUCGGCACAAGCAGAUAAUUAUCAGAAAUGGAGAAGUAUAGGAAUAGUAAUGAGUUUGAAUUCUGCAGCUGAGUGCCCAAGUGAACAGCUUUUAUUUUCUGGCAUGAUGUAGUGAAGUCAGUGACAGUAGAUUGUUCCCUGGCAUGUAGUGAAUCUGUGACAGUGGAUUUGUCCUUACCCAGGCUUUGUGCUGCUGAGGUACUCCCACACUGCUCUGCUUUCUAGCACAAAGAAAGAGCCUCCAUUCCUUCUGAAGCCUCCCACAGUGUCCUCACUCCUCACAGGGUUUUAAUAUGCCGCAUUAUGCUCCCAGGCUGAAAACGUUAAAAAAUGAACGCUGUUGCCUCUGAAUUUUGUUGUGUAAACUGUAUUUGCUGAAUGGAAUACUCAAUUGUAGGAAUGUGCACCUCCCACAUAGAUUUGCUCUUUGCAUUUUAUAAUGCCUUCUGUUGAAUGGACUGGAAGGCUGUAACUUUGUAUCAUUAAGCUCAUGUACCUAGCCCACUCUCUCUGUCCACUAAUAUAGACCAGACUAGAAUACAGCUCACCUGGCUGGCUCCUCACAAAUCACAAAGGUGUCUGCCUGAGCAGGAAGUCCAUCAGCAGACUAAAUGUGGAUGACAUUUUUAGCUCCUAGAUCCCCCCUGUCUCCAUAACAACUAAGGAGCAGCCCAGACUUGGUAAUGAUUUGGAGAAGGGGAGGAGGCUCAAGUGUGUCUGUGCUCAGCUCAUCCUAGAUGGAAUAAUAUAAUUUAUAUCUCUGUAUGGACGUGCUAUUUUAAUAGCUCUGUCCAGUCUUAAUUAAAAUGGCUGACACCCCAGUGUCCUGACACCCUAGAUGUGGCUAAUCCUCACCACAAUAUGGCUGCAGCUCUUCUUUUCAGACUAUAAUUGGAUCUGUGCCAUAUUCAACAUACUCUGUAUUAUUUCUGUGUAGCACUGUUAACAGAAAAUUACAAAAUUGAGAUAUAGGCCUAACAAUGGUUGAAAAAGGUUCUCCCUUCUUUGUUUUAUGAAGACAUAUCAACUGCAGCCGCAUCAUCUGCAACACUGGCGUACUGUCAGAUCUGGGCAAAGAGAAGGGAAGGGCAGAAAUUAAUGAGGGCGAAAGCAGUGAGAGGGGUGACCAGGGGUUGUCUAUCGCUCCUAUUAUGGUGUGGAGUGAAUCGCACUGGAAGUGUGUAAGAGAGAAAGGGGGUGAGGUGAAAAUAGGGGGCGGAGGCUCUGGUUCCCCCCCCCCCAAGUGUUCACAGCAUAGUGCCACUAUAACGUAGAGGAGGGAAGGAGCGAUGAAGGAGGAGAGGGGACUGAGAAUACACAGUCAAAAGUAAACACACCGGCCUCCCAUAUGUCUAUUUUACCUGCUGCACUGCAUCUCCAAUGAGUUCCCUCCUAUUAGGAGGCACAUCAAAGAAAGGAUAACAUUUGCAUUUUAUAAUGGCCUGCUUCACAUGUGUUCCAGGUACUAGCUGAUAUUUACUUAGAGCCUGUGGACUGCACCAUUCAUCCAGGGGGUAGAGAAAAACACCUAAUAGGCUAUUUCUUUCUGGGCAUGCGGGGCAGGGGGGUGGGGGGGGAAUGCUUUCCCAUGUGAGAAUGCUUUCCCAUGUGAGCGGGAAAGCAUGCUCAUGCAAGAGCGGGAACGCCCACUUACACAGACAGGAACCUUGUCUCUUUCUUUACCUCGUACUAGCCUGAAGUUAAAUUGAUGGAGCUGCAGUCUUCAUUUCCUAAAUAGAAUUUGUCAGUGCCUUCCUCCUACGCAGUGCAGACAAAAAUAAGACUUGUUUUCUCCUGCAUUCACUGCCUGGUGUACCAGUAAAAACAGAUUGCUUGAACCCUAGAACCCCCUUCCCUUCCCUGCUGCUCCUGAACCUUCUGAGUGGGUCACAUCUGUAAUGGCUGGUCUCAUUUUACUCCAGUCUGAUGGGAAAACAUAACUAAUGUGGUUAGCUGCACACAUUUGACAGAUGACUCAGAUGAUAAGACCCGGAGAUGAAGUGCUAGGAUAGCUGCCGAGUGUUAGCUUUAAACAGAGUAGGAGCAGUGGAACAUUUCACUGCAAUAUUGAUCUGCCAAUCAUGUUUCUUGAGUCUUGACCAAUGCUAUUUCAUUGUUUUCAAGAUUCAGGUAUUACUCAUGAGUAAUACCCAUGAAUAGUCUUGACUGUAGACCAAUUAAAUGUUAAGAUAUAGAAGCUAAUAGCCUUUAUAGACUGUGUCGUGUUGUUUUGAGACAAUUUUGUGCUAAUAGCAUCAAAGGGGACACAGUGUUCUAAUUGCGUAGGUAAAUAGUUUAAUUAGAGACAAUCAGACUGUGUAAUGAUGAAGUGUCAUCUUUAUCUGGGGAGCUGAUGUGAUGAAUACAACAAGUACUUUAUCUAGAGGCACCAGUGCCAAUACAUUAACCCCUCACUAUGGGAUAGGUUCAGUCAUAACGCGUCCUGGAUCUACACAAAGAUUCAGAUAAUGUUUCACAUAUUACAUUCUCUUUGAAAUAUUAAUGGAAUAUUAACAGUGUAUAACUGAUUGAAUAAUAAUCUCUGUCUUGUGUGUUGUGUGUGUAUAUGCAGGAUUCUGGCCACAGCGGGAGCUCACAUGAACAUCCCAGUGGACCUGCGGACCCUGAGGGCCGUCCGUGUGCUCAGACCCCUCAAACUGGUCUCUGGAAUCCCCAGUGAGUAGCCUACACCACCAGAUCACAUGUACUGGAUGGAUGUCCAUGGAUCUGCUCUGUCUAUAUAUACAGUAUAUAUGUGUACAGUAUACAUAUAGGUAUCUGUACUUGUUCUUCUGGCGUUUGCAAUACCUCUGUCCAACCUCAUUUUGGAGUCUGUAUAGUUAAUCCCUAAUGAGUCAGACUGAAAACCACUCCCAAAAUGAGGACGGGCAACAAUGUCUUAGUGGAAGUGUUGUGUUAGCCAAAGUGAGAGUGCUGUCAUAAUGAGAGUGCUGACAGUAUCUGCUCUAAGUGGUUCCCACACUUUCCAUCCAUAAUUGUUUGGAGCUGUGACUCAUUGUUGGCACUGAUGACACAUGACGGUUGUCUCUCUCUCUAUCUCUCUGUGUGUGACCAGGCCUGCAGAUAGUCCUGAAAUCCAUCAUGAAAGCCAUGGUGCCGCUGCUACAGAUCGGCCUUCUACUCUUCUUCGCCAUUCUCAUGUUUGCCAUCAUCGGCCUGGAGUUCUAUAGUGGGAAGCUUCACAACACCUGUCUGCCCAUGCCCAAUAUCCUGGGUAAGACAGAAUAUGUGUCCCAAAUGGCCACCCUAUUCUCUUUGUAGUGCACUACAUUAUGACCAGGGAAUAUAAAGGGAAUAGGGUACCAUUUGGGACACACCCACACAGAGAGAGGGCCUUAGAGAGAUCUCCUCAAGUCUACAGUAAUCCAGGGCACUCAAUGCUCUGCAUAUCAAUUUGGGUUGCUUCUGUAGCAGUUGGUGUCGCUUUAUAUGAGGCUGAAUCUGUUGUAUUACGUGUUUUUAUACCUUUACUUUGCUUAUAGCCUAUGCUUGCAUAAUUAAACACCUAGCUUCAUAGAAUCUUUUUAAACACCUACAGUGAGGGAAAAAAGUAUUUGAUCCCCUGCUGAUUUUGUACGUUUGCCCACUGACAAAGAAAUGAUCAGUCUAUAAUUUUAAUGGUAGGUUUAUUUGAACAGUGAGAGACAGAAUAACAACAAAAAAAUCCAGAAAAACGCAGUCAAAAAUGUUAUAAAUUGAUUUGCAUUUUAAUGAGGGAAAUAAGUGUUUGACCCCCUCUCAAUCAGAAAGAUUUCUGGCUCCCAGGUGUCUUUUAUACAGGUAAUGAGGUGAGAUUAGGAGCACACUCUUAAAGGGAGUGCUCCUAAUCUCAGUUUGUUACCUGUAUAAAAGACACCUGUCCACAGAAGCAAUCAAACAAUCAGAUUCCAAACUCUCCACCAUGGCCAAGACCAAAGAGCUCUCCAAGGAUGUCAGGGACAAGAUUGUAGACCUACACAAGGCUGGAAUGGGCUACAAGACCAUCGCCAAGCAGCUUGGUGAGAAGGUGACAACAGUUGGUGAGAUUAUUCGCAAAUGGAAGAAACACAAAAGAACUGUCAAUCCCCCUCGGCCUGGGGCUCCAUGCAAGAUCUCACCUCGUGGAGUUGCAAUGAUCAUGAGAACGGUGAGGAAUCAGCCCAGAACUACACGGGAGGAUCUUGUCAAUGAUCUCAAGGCAGCUGGGACCAUAGUCACCAAGAAAACAAUUGGUAACACACUACGCCGUGAAGGACUGAAAUCCUGCAGCGCCCGCAAGGUCCCCCUGCUCAAGAAAGCACAUAUACAGGCCCGUCUGAAGUUUGCCAAUGAACAUCUGAAUGAUUCAGAGCAGAACUGGGUGAAAGUGUUGUGGUCAGAUGAGACCAAAAUCGAUCUCUUUGGCAUCAACUCAACUUGCAAUGUUUGGAGGAGGAGGAAUGCUGCCUAUGACCCCAAGAACACCAUCCCCACCGUCAAACAUAGAGGUGGAAACAUUAUGCUUUGGGGGUGUUUUUCUGCUAAGGGGACAGGACAACUUCACUGCAUCAAAGGGACGAUGGACUGGGCAAUGUAUCGUCAAAUCUUGGGUGAGAACCUCCUUCCCUCAGCCAGGGCAUUGAAAAUGGGUCAUGGAUGGGUAUUCCAGCAUGACAAUGACCCAAAACACACGGUCAAGGCAACAAAGGAGUGGCUCAAGAAGAAGCACAUUAAGAUCCUGGAGUGGCCUAGCCAGUCUCCAGACCUUAAUCCCAUAGAAAAUCUGUGGAGGGAGCUGAAGGUUGGAGUUGCCAAACGUCAGCCUCGAAACCUUAAUGACUUGGAGAAGAUCUGCAAAGAGGAGUGGAACAAAAUCCCUCCUGAGAUGUGUGCAAACCUGGUGGCGGAAUAUUUUUAAACACCUACAUGAAUAUUGUGCUGAGGUGAUCAUUAGCUCUGUUAUAUAUAAACAUUUAGGGUACAUCAUCAUAAACAUUCUUCAAGGUGAUCAUUUAUCAGCAGGCUUAUACUGUGCCUAUACAACAAGUGGAUUAUUAUUUUCUGCGAGGCUUCCUCAGCUGUAAUGAUAGGCUAUACAAACGUCCUGUGAUGGUUCACUGUUGUUUCUUCCCACCUGCCCGCCCGCCCAGUGUAAUGUAUGCUCAGUGGUCCGGCUGAUAAUCGCUGUGUCGUUCCACCAAAUCGGUGCCUUGUUUUGAGAAGUGUAACUUCUGUCAUAAACAUUCUGUCAUAAAGAGCACAUGUUCAACUUCAUAGAAAACUGGUUUUCCCAUCUCAAGAGGUUCAAUAAAAAAAUGACUUUAGUAAGUGCCAAAUAAGUGCCAAAUAAAGUAACAGGGUUGAUGAUUUCUUGUUAAAUCAGCCAAAAAUCCCCUUGUGACAGGGGGAAUAGAAGCUUGUAGUACGCAACAGGGAGUGGCAAUUUAAUGCAAGCUUUACAACAAAAUAUGAAAUUUUCUAGCCUGUCUAUGGGUAACAGGGUUGACGUGUUAUGCUCGACCCACUCAGUUUUCCACCACAAAACACCAGAAAAUGGCCAGAAAGAGUAGAACCAGCUCAUCUGCUUUUACUCUAUGAUUUGACUAUUAGAUGUUCAAUGUUUCUUUAGAGAAAAAUAUUCACAAUAUCAAAAAGAGAGUUAAGUUCAUGUAACAGGGUUGACCAUGAAAUAAAUAAUAAUCUUCAGAAAUGACUUUGUCAAAGCAACAAAAUAACUAGGGCUUUACAAUGAUGGUGGGAUUUAAGUGGGUUAAAAUCUUCCUAGAAGUGACACAGGGUUGACAGAGGGACAUGUCACAAUGCUGAAUUAUUGCACUUUAGCAAGCCUUUAUUCAUAUAAAAAAUCAGAUUUAUCGAAUUCUCCAUGUGGUCUAUAUUAAAGGGCAGUUCAUUUAAUAUAACAGGCUUUUAAAAUUCCAUAUUGGUGCACAAUUUCUACUUCAAAUAUGCAAAAGGCACUCUUUUCUUGGAACGACCCAGCUAUGUUACGCAACAGACCUGAAACACACAAUACCAUGCUUGGCUGCACCUGUAAGUGUAAUCACAGCCACAAUGACUGCCUAUGUAAUUAAACCCCACAAUAUAGCAGCUCAAUACCACAACUAAUUAUAAAGUCAUAGAUGUUAUUGCCUCGCUGCACGGAUCAUGUUAUAGUUAAGUGGGUUACACAGUUCUAUUUACAAAGAUCUACAUAAAGGGUUAUCGCCUCAACAUAAUUUCUUAUUCAGGUAAUGUGGUCUUAUAACAAGCUUACUGUGGGAUUUAUUCCUUCAGUUUUUCAUGAUAGGGAUUGAGUUGUCACAGAUAGAGAAGAUUAUGAAAUUGGCAUUUUCAAACAGAUUGUCCUCACCUGAUGAAUACAUAAACUUCAGCUCAUCUUUUGUUGAGGGUUCAAUAUCACUCAUGGCUUGACUUGUCACAAAAUGUCCUCUGAUGUUGACAGACUGUUUCAGUGGAUUGCUACAGUAAAUAGUUAUAUCAUGCAUUCUAGUAUUCCUUUACUGCAUUUCAAAGAUAUUAGAUUUAAUACAGUAUCUAAUUGUAUCUAGUGCCACCAACUAGUGAUGGACUCCGCUAGAGGUGCCAGUUUAGAUAUAGGUACAAUCGGCCUGGGCCCUUGGGUUAGAAGGGUGAAUGACCAGUAGGAGACAGAUGUACAGAAUACGAGUUUAUUACCACACGACAGACAGGCACACACGCACGCACACACACACACACAGCAAAUGAAGUGGACUGAUGGAAUAGGUGAAAGUGGUUGUGUUGUCAUCCACGCACUAACACACGGUUAGGAAGUCCAGGGUGGAGGAUUGGUCAGGAAAUGUCCAGUGUGAGUAGAGUUAAGGUGGUGAGUUCUUCUGAUCUGUGAUCUGUCUCUCUGCACCUCUGUGUCCAACUAAAGCACAGACUAUGUUGGGGGUUUGAGAUCCCCACCAUGUACAGCCUGUGAUUGGCUGACCAGGUCACAUGACUCUAGCCAGGGGAGAUUGUUCUGGAAUCAAAUCAAAAUCAAAUCAAAGUUUAUUGGUUGCGUACACAGAUUUGCAGAUGUUAUCGCUGGUGCAGCGAAAUGCUUGUGUUUCUAGCUCCAACAUUGCAGCUGUAGUGUAAUGUUUCAGAUGAUGUCAUCAUAAAGGUUAUGUGGGGACCUCACUGUAUGAGGGGGCUUUAGUUACCCGACUAUUAGCUUUAGAGAGACGAUUUAUUAUAAUCACACAUUACACAAGUCAAAUAGCAUAUUAAUAAUGUAAUCUUUCAGGAAAGGACUUUCACACAGAGAGUUGCUAUUGCUGCUCACUUCAUUGAGUCAUGCAUUACACUAUAAUCAUCAUAUUGUGGCACUUAUUCAUGCAUCUCCAGUAGAUGCGAGUCAUUUCUCACAAGUGAGACAUUUCUAUAAAGUAAUCCCAUCUCUCAUGGGAAAAACACGAUUAGUUCGAUUGAUUUCUGGUUUGCAUCCUUUUGUUAAAUCUCCAGCCUAGCCUGCGGAGCCUUUAAUGGACUCUGGUCAAUAUGAACCAGUUGAGGAAGUUAAUUAUCUCUUGUCCCCCUGUCAGAGAAUGAGACGGUGGACAAGUCUGAGUCAGAGUUCCCGUGUGGGGUGAGGAAGUGCCCUGACAAGUACACCUGCCGUGACACCUGGAUCGGCCCCAACGACGGCAUCACCCAGUUUGACAACAUCCUGUUUGCUGUGCUCACUGUCUUCCAGUGCAUCACCAUGGAGGGCUGGACCACUGUGCUCUACAACGUGAGUCACAUCUGUUUCUCUCUAACCAUGUCCUGUCCUCUGACUGGGGAAAAUAGGCCUAUUAUUUGA